GUGGGCAAAGGGAGUCGCUCUGGUGGGGCCUCUGAAGGCUGUUUUCUACCUGGAAUCUCUCUGCUGCUCUAGGACAUCUACCGGGAAACUGAUCACAACCACUCAGGGACCAUCGACGCCCAAGAGAUGAGGAUGGCCCUCGGGAAGGCAGGUUUCACGCUCAGCACCCAGGUGCAGCAGACCCUAGCCCUGCGGUACGCGGACGGCAGACUCCGCAUCAACUUCGAUGGCUUUGUGGCCUGUGUGACCCGCUUGGAGACCCUCUUCAAACUGUUCAGGCUGCUGGACAAGGACCAGAGCGGCAUGGUCCGGCUCUCCCUGGCUGAGUGGUUGUGUUGUGUGUUGGUCUGACCCGAGCGUGUGGACCCCUGUGACACUCCGCACCAGCCUGCCUGCUGCCUUUCUUCCCUUCUUCACGAUUCUGCGAGCAAGGAUCCGAAUGGCAUUCACUGGUUGUCCCGUCUUCCCUGCCCAUCAGCGUCCCUGAAGGUCCCAGCCUGUCCCACCCGCGCCGUCUGGGGGCAAGGCCUCUCUUUCAGCAGCGUGCAGACAGACCCUGGAGCCCCCCGGAGGGACCACAGUCAAAUAAAGUCUGGUCCAAAUGGUUCUUGCUUUUCUCUGGC